AUGUCGUCCACUCAACUCUCUUUCUCUCUUCGCGUUUCUUCCGGCGUCAAGACCGUCCACCUUCUUGGCUCCUGGGACAACUACGUCGGACAACUUCCCCUGUCCAAGGACAAGACUUCCUCCAAGUCCGGCUCGUGGAAGGGCACCUUCAAGUUCAGCGGUUCCACCCUGUCCGCCGGCCAGCGCUACUGGUACUACUACAUCAUCGACGGCUACCACGUCGCCCACAACCCCAGCGUCACCUCCACCGUUGAGCCCACCACCGGCCGCGAGCUGAACAUUCUCGACGUUCCCUCGUCCGGCAAGUCAAGCAGCUCCAGCAGCAAGUCCUCCAAGUCGUCCUCGUCUUCCAAGUCCUCCUCCAAGUCUUCAUCACACUCCUCCUCCCACUCCUCUUCUCGCAGCUCCCGCCGCUCCUCCUCCAAGGACAAGAAGAGCAGCCGCAACCGCUCCUCGUCGCGCGACAUCCCCAAGGGCCGACCCCUCUCCAUCUCUCAGAUCAAGGCCCCCAAGCCCACGUCGCCCCACGCCACUCAGCACAUCCUCAACGGCGACUACCGCGAUGAGGAUCUCGAGGAGCUCACCGCCCGCUUCGGCGCCGCCGGCUUCGACGAUGAGGAUAUCGUGACAGACUUCUCCAGCUCGCCCGUGUCGUCCAGCGGCUCCAGCCUCUCCUACCGCUCCGACAGCUCCAGCCCCAACUCGUCCAUGUCCGGCUACAGCACCCCCGGCUCCGACAUCAGCACCUGCACCUGCGAGCGCUACGGCAUCACCCGCAAGGGCGACCGCGUCAAGAUCGACUGUGGCGGCGCCCGCUGCGGCUACGGCGACAGCUCCGAGUGCUCCGACUCUUCCGACGAGGAGUCCGACGAGGAGGAGGAGUACGUCUCCAACAGCCGCCGCCACGGCAUGGUCGUCCGAUGA